GAAACUGAAACCAGAUCGGUCGAAUCCAAACCCUAACUGCUGCUGCUGCUACUGGUAAUUAAUUCAUGGGGAAGAGAAGACCCAUAAGAUUCUUCUUCUUCUUCUUCUUCUUCUUCUUCUUGUUUAUGUUGAAUCGGCAUUCAACUGCUCUGCAACUCCACCGCCAUGAAACCCACCUUCUUUUCUCCUUCAAAGCUUCCAUUUACACAGACCCAUCGCGCUUUCUCUCCGAUUGGAAUCUUUCUGUUCCCAUCUGCCAAUGGAAUGGCAUCAAAUGCAACGGCGACAAUGCUAGCAUCAUCGCCGUCGACCUCUCCGGUAACAAUCUCACCGGCGUAAUUCCCGACUCUGUUUUCCGGCUACCCCACAUCCAGUCUCUGGACCUCUCUGACAACCAAUUCGUUGGAGAACUCCCUCGGAAUAUCUUCACCAUCGCCUCUUCUUCCCUUCUCCAUUUGAAUUUCAGCAACAAUAACCUCACCGGCAAACUCCCUUUUGGCGGCGUUCAUGGUCUUCAAACGUUGGACUUAUCCAACAACAUGAUUUCCGGUUCAAUUCCGACAGAUAUCGGAUUGUUCUUUGAUCUUCAGUUUCUUGAUCUCGGAGGGAAUGCUUUAAUCUCGGAAAUUCCGAAUUCCAUUGCGAAUCUCUCAUCGUUGGAGUUCUUGACAUUGGCGUCUAAUAAACUCACCGGAGAAAUCCCGAGGGAAUUGGGCGGAUUGAAGCGGCUGAAAUGGAUUUAUUUGGGUUUCAAUGAAUUUUCCGGUGAAAUCCCUGAAGAACUCGGCCAAUUGGGUUCUUUAAAUCAUCUUGAUCUUGUUUACAACAAGCUAACGGGGAGAAUUCCGGAGGCGUUUGGGAAUCUCUCUCAACUAGAGUAUCUAUUUCUCUACCAAAAUUGUCUCUCCGGUUCGAUUCCUCCUUCAAUUUUUAGUUUGGUGAAUUUGAUAUCUCUCGAUGUUAGCGAUAAUUCUCUGUCGGGAGAGAUUCCGGAGCUCGUAAUUCAAUUGAAGAAUUUGGAGAUUUUGCAUCUGUUUCGAAACAAUUUCACCGGGAGAAUUCCGACAGCUUUGGCUGCUCUGUCUCGGUUGCAGAUUCUUCAGUUAUGGUCUAAUGGAUUUUCCGGCGAGAUUCCGGCGUUACUUGGAACACAGAACAAUCUCACUGUUCUUGAUGUUUCAACUAAUAAUCUUACCGGAAAAAUCCCACAUGGGCUUUGUGAUUCUAAACGCUUAUUUAAGCUCAUCCUGUUUUCAAACUCGCUAAUCGGCGAAAUUCCAGAGAGUCUCUGUUUUUGCAGGAGUUUACUGCGUGUUCGGGUUCAAAACAACCGUCUCUCCGGCGAAUUAUGUCCGGGAUUUACGAAAUUGCCUCUACUUUACUUUUUGGAUAUCUCUGGCAACCGAUUUUCCGGCAGGAUCGACGGCGAGAAAUGGGAGUUGCCGGCUCUUCAGAUGAUGAGUUUAGCGAGGAAUAAGUUUUCAGGGGACUUGCCGGAACUGAUCGGGAAUAAUGAAAUCGUGAGUUUGGAUUUCUCGGCGAAUGAAUUUUCCGGUUCCGUCCCGGAGAGUAUCGGAAGCUUACCGGAGCUAAUGAAACUAAAUUUGAGCAACAAUUAUCUCUCCGGUCGAAUUCCCGGUGAAAUCUCUUCUUGUAAGAAGCUCGUGAGUUUGGAUUUAAGUAACAAUAAACUCACCGGCGAAAUCCCGGCGGUUCUCAGUCGUAUUCCGGUUCUCAGCUUCCUCGAUUUAUCAGAAAACGAACUCUCCGGCCAAAUCCCACCGGUUUUAGGCCGAGUUGCAUCGCUCGUUCAGAUAAAUAUCUCUCACAAUCACUUCCACGGAAGAUUGCCGGCCACCGGAGCCUUUUUGGCUAUAAACAGCAGCGCCGUCGCCGGGAACAACCUCUGUGGCGGCGACAUUAGCAGCAAUCUACCCACUUGCGAAAAUGGCGUUAAAAAAAGACGCUACAGCCAGCUGUGGUGGAUUACGGUCAUAUUGGCGGCGAUAGUGGUGGCGACGGCGGUUUUUGUCAGAAUACGCCGUCGUAAGCAGCGGAUGGGAGAGAAAAGAGUGCAAAACGAGGAGGGAAUUUGGGAGCUGAAAUUGUUCGAUCCCAGAGCGUCCAAAUUCGUCACGGUGGACGCCAUUCUGCAAUCCGCCGGGAAAGCAAACGAAACGGAGAUUCAAUUCGUGGUGGAGAAAAUUACCGGGAAAAUGUUGGUCGGAAUUGGGGAGGCGCCGGAAUUGGGGAAGCUUAGACAUUCUAAUAUCGUACGGCUGUUGGCGGCGUGUCGGUCGGACAAAACAGGGUAUUUGGUACGAGAAUCUGUGCAGGGGCGGCGCUUGAGCCAAAUUGUUGGGAAUUUGAGCUGGGAACGACGUCGUAACAUCGCCCUGGGAAUUGGCCGGGGGCUGCAAUUCUUGCACUCCCACUGUUCUCCCGGUGUAAUUGCGGCGAAUUUUUCGCCGGAGAAGAUCAUUGUCGAUGAAAAAUAUGAACCCCGGCUUGUUGUCGGAUUGUCCAGCGCCGCCGUUUCUCCGCACUACGCCGCCCCCGAGACAAAGGAAAGUGGAGGCAUAACGGAGAAAAGCAAUGUGUACACAUUGGGGCUGGUUCUUAUUCAAUUACUGACCGGAAAGAUGGCCGUCCACCGGCAAGAGGUGGUGGAAUGGGCAUGGUACUGCUAUUCCGAUCGUCGUGCCGAGACGUGGGUUGUUGAUGGUGCGGUUACUGGCGCCACCGAGCAGGACCAGAUGGUGGGGUUUAUGAACUUGGCUCUGGACUGUACCGCCGAUGACCCCAUGGCGAGGCCGUCCUCGGAGGUUGCCUACAAAACCAUGCUCUCUCUUUGUCGGACCACUUGCUGUUCUAAACUUUUGUUCACCUAAAACUUGCUGUCCCGGUCAUGCAUUGUAACGUUUGAGGGCUAAAUUUGAAUCUUAAAUUGAUUUCAAAAUUAAUGAAAUGAUGAGAAGAUAUUUAUAAUAA